AUGGUAGUCACAGUUUUGAAGAAAAGACAUUCCUUGAAGGGAAUUAACCCUAUUCCCUUGGUGAGGCGAAUAAGAGAAGGAGCAACAGAUGUAGGCGAGUUAGCCAGACUUCAGUUGGGUGAAAGAACAGAAAAUGUCGGUUUUCAGGAGAUACAGACAGGCUUUAGGAUGGUGACUGGCGAAAAGAUAGAUGACAUUCUUGGAAUGGCAGGAAAGGGGUUAGAUGAGGCUUCAGCUAGACUGGCUCUGCAUCACACAAUUAUAUACGGCAACGAGGUUGGUCAACCAAAAGGACAGAUUUUGAGCGAACCCCAGUGUCUGCUUACAGACUGUGUUUUAAAUAGCUUGUUUUAUUUUGUUAUUAAGCGUUGUGAGGAUAAGCUUAUUUGUCCUGUCUAUGCGAUUGAAUUGUAUUUGAGUAGCUGUAGGCUUAUGGGUGUCAAUUUAUCGAAUGGUUAUCUGUUUCGGAUAGUGUCAGAUUCUGGUACCGUCCUUGAUAAUCCUGUUACGUAUUCUGUCGUUUAUGAGCGGCUUCGUUUGUAUUUGUCCACUUUGGGUAUCUAUCAAAGUGAAACCCCACAUAGUUUCAGAAGUGGGUGCGCCUUGACUCUGGCUCUAUCGGAUCCAGACGAUGACUCGAGGAAAAUUAUGGACCAUUGUGAUUGGUUUACUGAAGGAAGUGCAGGAAUAGGAUGAGAGUGGCACAUAGGCUAGCCGAGAGUGUACCCGAUGCCCACACUAUAGAAAACACUUUUAAUCGUGAUACCGAUUAUUUUAAUCUUAAGCGUGCCUUUGACAACUUUGAUUGAUGUUAGUCCCGCCGGCCAUGACCUCAGCAGUUUUUUCCGAAGCUAAUGUGUAAUUAAAUUUAAUAAAAGCCUUAUAUACAUUACUGUUUUAGU